GACCAAAAGUAUCCUGCAACCUGGGUUUCUCUCCCUCUCUCAGCACUUGUUCUUUCUUUGCACGCCUGAUCCUCCACCUGCCCAAUCCCAACUCAACCCUUCCCGUGCCAUUCCUCUCCAAGCCCGCCGCUACCAUUCAACUCGAAGAAUCACCGGAAACAGCAGGGACAGUGUCUCGCCCCUUUCUGUUCCACCAGCACCACUUUUCCAGUAACAAUGGGAGAAGAGAAAAAUGAGAACGAAAACAUUUGUGCUAUUGACAUACAGAGAGAAUGUGAAUCUUAUGAUCCUUCCGAACAUGAGUCGAAGUUGGAAUUGGAAAGAAAGUGCAUCUACAGAUGGCCUAAUGACCUUGUCCUUACAUCAAGCUUGUCCAAGCACCGGACUCCUCACAUGGCAUCCUUUGGUCCCUACCACCAUGGGGAGGAGCACCUGCAGCCCAUGGAGCAUCACAAAGAGAAAGCUCUCUACAGAAUCCUCAAGAAGAGCAAGGUUUCAACCUCUGUCUUCAUUGAAUCAUUGAAAGGCGUAGAGCAGGAACUUAGGGAUUGCUACGACAAUCUUGAUCAAAAAAUGACGUCGGAUUCUUUUCUAAGCAUGAUGUUGCUUGAUGGGUGCUUCAUGCUUGAACUCAUUCGCGCUAGACUACUCCUGGAGCCCAAGGAUCCGCAUGAUCCUGUCUUUAAUAGGCGUGGAGCGGUUAUGAAUACUGUGAUUACACGGGACAUGAUGAUACUAGAAAACCAAAUCCCUCUCCUUGUAUUGAGAAAGUUGCACGGAAUAGAGGAAAAUAGAGAGAUUAAUGACGACAAAUAUCUCGAAGAUUUGUUCAAAAAAAUUUAUGGGUUCAUAGAUACCUCGCCAGUUAAUGAACCUAAUUUGCAUGUUUUAGACGUGUAUAGGAAGUGCUUGGUAAUGGAGAGUGCACCAAUGCAACAAACGACCCCCUCCACCCAAGUGUCUUCCAAACCGGUUUCGACUCAAAGUCCAUCAAGGCUACAUGGUGCUGGCAAGAAGCUGAAGUCUAUGCUCACAUCGAUCCCCGCCUUGGACUUUACGGCUCUGUGCUGUAGGCCAAUUCCCAGAUCAAAUGUGCGGUCUGCAAUGAGGUUUCAUGAGGCAGGGGUUGAGUUCAGAAAGGGGGAACACAACGAUGGCCUAAAGGUUACCUUCGAUAAAGCAUAUGGAGUACUCACUCUUCCAUUUUUCCUUGUCCACAACCACACGGCGGCAAUCUACGUGAACAUGAUGGCCUUUGAGCGAAUGCAUUCAAAGUUGUGGAGGUCCCAGAAGAUGAUUUUGUAUGUGGGGUUCAUGGAUAGUUUAGUAGAUACUGCUGAAGAUGUGAACCUACUGUGCUCUCGAGGGAUCAUGAGGAACAUGCUUGGGAGUGACGAGGAAGCUGCCCAAGUCUUCAACAACUUGGGUGUUGGCAUUCCAUACUGUCCAGACUAUACAGUCUACGAUGACUUGCAGGAAUAUGCUGCCUCCUAUUGGAAUGCUGCGAGAGCAUAUCUGAAGCGGAAAUACUUCCGAAACCCAUGGGCUGCUGUGUCUGUAUUAGCGGGCAUUUUUUUGUUGGUUAUGACAUUUAUUCAAACCUUGUUUUCCGUGUUGGCUUUUAUACAUAAAUAGGAUCCAUGGCUUCUUCUCAUA